AUGGACCAGGACAGUUCAAGUGCCCAUACAGUGACAGUAUCAAAUGAAGGGGAGAUCUUUGUAGCAGACAAUAUGAACGGGAGAAUCCAAGUCUUCACCCUGCAGGGGACAUUUGUAAGACAGUUCCCAACAGUGGUGCCAAGACGUGAAGAGAAGAUAAAACCAGAGGAUGUGGCCCUGGACGGGAAGGGGAACCUGUGGGUGGUGGGGAGGACAGAGUUUGCUCAAUUUGCUGUGCAGUACAACAAACAGGGUAGGGUGCUGAGGAAGUUUGACCUACAGGAGUUAGAGUGGUACAGAGGAGUUGCUGUGGAUACCAGGAGGAACCACAUCCUCAUCAUACAAACCACGGGACACUGGGUCAACCUGCAUGGGGUUACUGCAGAAGGUCAAAAGGACAACAAAAUGGCGGCUGCAUCGUUCCAUGAAGAACUGACCUGCGGUAUCUGCAAGGACCUGUUAACCAAGCCCAAGGCGCUGCCGUGUCAGCACACCUUCUGUCUGUCACCAUGUCUGGAGAACGUUGCAGGGAGGGGACAGACCGUGAAGUGCCCAAUCUGUCGUCGUAAGUUCAGGCUGCCACCCCAGGGGGUCGCAGGUUUGCCGGACAAUCUCAUGGCGGCAAAUAUGUGUGAGAGGCUGCAACAGCAGACUUCACUGUCUGGGGAAACAGGAGAACAACGCCAGUCUGGAAACAGGUGCAGCUUUCACCCCUCUGAGAAGCUAAAACUCUAUUGCAAACCUUGCCAAGUGCCUCUGUGUGUGGACUGUGUUGAAGAAGGCCAUGAUGGACAUCCCAACAUAAUAAGCCUUGCAAAAGCCACACAGGAAAAGAAGUCUACAGUCCAGGUCUUGAUCAAUGAGGGGAGGAACAUUCUGGAAACUUACUGCAGCUUCAUCAGAGGUCUGAAAGAAAAAGAGAAAACCCUGAAUGAACAGAAACAGCAGAGAGACAACAGCAUCAUUCAGACCUAUGACCAAAUGGUGCAGAAAAUCACAGAUGGAAAAGACCACCUCUUGUCUGAAUCACAACAAAGUCACAGCGACAACUUAAAGAAAAUACAUACUGAAAGGGACAGAGUGUUGCCAGAUAUCAAUGAACUAUCUGCUGCCUGUGAUCAAGCAGAACAAGAACUGCAGCAGGGAUGGGUCGAGAUUCUCAGUCAGCAAACCGCUUUGACAGAGGUGGUAGGAAAGUACAGAGAAAAAGCAGCACCAACUCAUGUACAAACCCAGCCUGCUGUCUUUCAGCCCUCAGACACCCCAGUGCCAGUAUUAGGACGUGUGAGGGCCCAGUCUCUCCCAUCUGCACCAAGACCUGCUGCAAGGGACACAGGUCAUCACCAUGGUAACCAAAGGCAAGGGGAGCCUCAGUCUCAUGAUCAGAGGGUGACAUUUGGUGGAGAGGGAUCUGGACCAGGAAAGUUCAAGGGUCCAUAUGGUGUCCAUGGUGAUUACACAAGUAAUCACCAUGGUAACUGCAGGAAAAGACAGCAUCAGUCUCUGAGGGUGACAUUUGGUGCAUCAGGAUCAGGACAGUCAGCACCUGCACCAAGUACUAAUGCAGCAAGGGGCAGGGGACAUCAUUAUGGCAACCAAAGGCAAGGGGAGCCUCAGUCUCAUGGUCAGACGACAACAUUUGGUACAGGGGGAUAUAGACCAGGAGAGUUCAUGCGUCCAUCCGGUGUUACAGUGUCAGAUGAAGGGGAGAUUUUUGUAUCAGAUUAUAUGUUGCAGAGAAUCCAAGUCUUCACCCUGCAGGGAACAUUUGUCCAACAGUUCCCAACAGUUGUGUCAGGUGAAGAGAAGAUAAUACCAGAGGAUGUGGCCAUGGACAGGGAGGGGAACCUGUGGGUGGUGGGGAACCUGUGGGUGGUGGGCUGGACUGUGCAGUACAGCAAACAGGGCGGGGUGCUGAGGAAGUUUGACAGAGGACAAAUGACAGAGUGGGACAGAGGAGUUGCCGUGGACACCAGGAGGAACCACAUCCUCAUCACACAAUCCAUAUGCGACGGGGAACAUGGUAAAGUUUUGGUGUUCAGGCCAGAUGGGACACUUGUGAAAACUGUGGGUCAGCAGCAGGGAAUGAAGCUCCCGUGGUACAUCACUGUGGAUGGGGAAGGGAACAUUCUUGUGUCAGACUGUGAGAAUUGCUGUGUCUAUGUGUACAAUGAGGACGGACAAUUUCUGUUCCAGUUUGGAGGUAAGGGAAGUGGUGAAGGUCAGCUGAAGAAACCUCAUGGCAUCUGUACAGACAGAGCAGGUAACAUCAUCGUGGCAGACAGUGGGAACAGGCGUGUGGAAAUGUUUGACAAGACAGGCAGAUUCCUCAAACACAUCACUACAGACAUGAGGGAGCCAACGGCUGUUGCCAUGGCACCACAGGGACAGCUGGUAGUGACUGAUGGAGGGAACCAAACAGUCUCCAUAUUUCCCCCCUACUGA